CAAGGCUUAAAUAAUGAACAUUUCAGGCUCUAUGCAGUAGGAUAAACACUACAUAUUACUAUGCAAAUGUUAUUCAUACAAUGUUUUACCUCUGCAGCAGCUAUAAUAAGAUGAAUGAAUCAGUUCUGAGGAGAAACAGGGAGAGUCAGGUCAAGUUCAGCAGGGGAGCAAAGUGCAGCUCAGGUGUCAAGGUGAGCGUGUGGGCACAGAUCAAGGUGUGAGCACUGGGGAAAUGUGAACUCUCGUCAUCAUUUGAGGAUAACAAUAGUUACUGGAGCUGUACCACACUGACUCAAACCUUCAGCUGAGACAUGCGGCCCAGCUGCAUAGUAUAGCCUGUUGUAUGAAUCAGCAGGAGAAUGUGAUUUAUUUCUGUGAGGAACUGUACCGCCUGCAAGGUGUACUUUCGACAAUGCAACACAGAAAUAGUCUCAUUUUCACACACUGACUGAAAUAAUGCGUCACACACUGCCAUCCCGCCUUUCAAUUAAAAUUUAGGCUGAAAUGUGAGCUACAUGUUGGUCACUUACUGCAUGUAUCCCACAGCCCAUGACGUAUGACAUGAUUUAGAGUCUAUAUUCAGCGUGUUGUAAAUGAGGCAGUUAAUUUUCAGUUCUUCGUGAUUUUUUGCACCUUCCUUUGGCACCUCGUGCCUGUGAUUUCUUCUUCCACAACACAUUUACGCUCAUCACUACCUCACUCCUCAUUCCCUCCUUCUCUCCUCUUCUCAUCUUUCUUUUUGCCCCCUGUCUAUAAUUGGAUUCUAUUUUCAGGCUGCUAUAAGUGUCUGUGUCUCUUGUGUUUGUGUCUCGCACCCCAUUUUCUGUCUCUCCUCCAUCGUCACCCUCUGUUCUUAUCGUUACCAUCGCUCCCUCCAUCUUUCUGUCGCUGUGUCAAGCCACUUCUCCUCUUUUCCUUCCCCUCUGUUUUCGCCCACAAACGGUUUCAUUUCUGCAAAACCUUCCAUUACCCUUUUUAUCCUUUCAUUUGUGACUGUUAAAUAUGAUGGAUAGCGUGCUAAAAGCCUUAUGCAAAAUUGUGUUAGGUGAAGUAAUGCAAAGCAGUGUAAACUGCACCUAACUGAUGUGAACAGUUCUCUCAUGACCUAAUUCUGGUAGUCUGGGUUACACAGCGAUCUGAGAGAGAGGAGGAUAUAUUUAGGGAGUAGAAAAGAUAUAAAAAAGGUGAUACAGAAUACUGUAGAGCCUGCAAAACACAGAAAUAAUGUAUGUGUAGGUAUGUGAAAUGGCAUGUCACACACCUUCAUGUUGACGUGACUAUUGAAACAUUUUUCAAAAAGGCAAUGAGCCAAUUAAACAGCAUUUAUAAAGGGGAGGAGUGGAAAAUGAGAGGGUGACAGAGGGAGGGAGUCAUACUGUAGGACUUGGUUGGCUGUUGGGAUGUCUCUAGAGGUGCAGCAUGUAUUUAAAAGACGAAAAAGACUUAGAGAGAAAGGAGGAGAGGCUAUCAGAGAUGGGAAAAAGUUGACUGACGAGUAGAGGAAAUGGGGAUCUCUCAUCAGACCAAAAAACCCUCACCAGGAAGGCCUGGAAGCUGCAAAGCCUCGACCCACACGCCUCAACGCGGUCACGUGGCACUUAACCGCUCCACGCCCGUAAGGACAGUGCACAUCCGACCACUGCCCGCGCGAAACACACCCCCACGCAAACAGCACACUCAGGCCGCGCAGACACGCAAGGUCCACACACAUCUGACGCAGACACGCAGGGCGAGCUCACAGUCUCAGCCCCAUGAGCAGUACACAGCACACAGCGAUCACUCAGGCUGCACCUUCUACUGCUAUUUCUGCUACUGCUGUUACUGCUGCUGCCUCACAUUGCUCUCUUUCUCUCUCCUCCUCCUCCUGUUUCCACUUCCCAACGCUCCUCCCUCUGCCUCCUUCUCUACUUUGUCCUCUAAUACCACCCUUCCUCCUUCCUCCUCCUCCCCUCCGCGAUCAUCAACUCCCUGUUUGGAUGAACUUUCCUGUAUGUAUCCUGACGUCAAUCUGACUUCUUCUGCUGUGUCUCCCUACUGCCCUGUGCCACCUUGUCUCAUCUCUGAUGAUUCUUUCACUCUCCUCUACGUCUCAUCUCCUGACCUCACCACUUCUGACCAACUCACCUCCUCUUGCCACGGCUCCUCUCCUACAUCCUCUUCCUCCUCUUCCUCUUCCGUGACCUCUGACUCCUUCCUCCCUCCUCAUCACCCUGUCCUCUGCCGGCCGUGGCCUUCUUCGCGCUCCCUUUCCUCCCUGCUCCUUUGCCCUCCCAGCUUUGGGGAUCCAGUCUUAUCCUAUGCAUCCACUUUGGAGCACAUCCCCUCUGGGCCGGCCCGGCCUCGGACGCUGCUGCGCCAGCAGAGUCUCCAGCAACCUCUUAUCCAUCCACCAGGCCCCGGUCUCAGCCAUCCUCCCACCACAUCCCAGAGCUUGGGACAAUUACACACUGCACCUGGACAGCCUGGGGGAGGCGGGGGUGCUGGGAGAGGAGAGGGAGGUGGCAGCAGUGGUGAGGGUGGGGGUGCAGGUACACGAAGUGGUCCCCGGGGUGCACGGGGCAGCCCAGCGGGAGCAGGUGCCUCACGCUAUAGGGGAGGCGGAGCAGGAGGGCGCACACGUGCCAAUCCCGGCAGCUGGGAUUACAUGAUGGACCAGAUCCGGAAUCGUGGCCUGGACGUGAAAUCCUUCCUUGAAGGGAAGCUGGUGGUCCUGGCUUUGGCCAUUGGUGUGGCCGAGCAAGAUGACUUUGCCAAUAUCCCUGACCUGCAAGAAACAGCGCAGGCAGCACCACCAACCAAUCAGGAGCCCCCUCCUGAGAAGAGGGGCAACAAGCCAGCUAACAGCCCCAAGGGCCAACCCCCUGAUGCUGAUGGUCACUCCUCCGUAACUGACCUGGCCAACUCUCUCACCGGAGACAUGGUGAUGCUGUCUCCAGGUUCAGAGGAUGAUGAAGGGCCUAUCAGUGAGAAGCUAGGCCGGAUCCAGUUCAGCAUAGGUUACAGCUUCCAGAACACGACUCUUACCGUCAAAGUUCUCAGAGGCCAGGACCUCCCGGCCAAGGACUUCUCUGGCACCUCUGAUCCCUUCGUCAAGAUUUACCUGCUGCCUGACAAGAAGCACAAGCUGGAAACCAAGGUCAAGAGGAAGAACCUCAACCCCCAUUGGAACGAAACCUUCCUCUUUGAAGGCUUCCCUUAUGAAAAGGUGAGAGAGCGAACUCUUUACCUUCAGGUGCUGGACUACGACCGCUUCAGCAGGAAUGACCCCAUUGGAGAGGUGUCAAUCCCCCUUAAUAAGGUGGAACUGGGCCAGAUAAAGACCUUCUGGAAGGAACUCAAGCCCUGCAGUGAUGGCAGUGGGAGACGAGGGGACCUGCUGGUGUCUCUCUGCUAUAAUCCCACUGCCAACACCAUCACUGUGAACAUCAUCAAAGCGCGCAAUCUCAAAGCCAUGGAUAUCGGGGGCACCUCAGAUCCAUAUGUGAAGGUGUGGCUGAUGCACAAGGACAAGCGUGUCGAGAAGAAGAAGACGGUGGUGAUGAAGCGCUGUCUGAACCCCAUCUUCAACGAGUCCUUCCCCUUUGACGUGCCCGCCCAUGUGCUGAGGGAGACCACCAUCAUCAUCACCGUCAUGGACAAGGACAGGCUCAGCCGCAACGAUGUUAUCGGCAAGAUCUACCUAUCGUGGAAGAGUGGGCCAGCGGAGGUGAAGCACUGGAAAGACAUGCUCGCUCGGCCGCGUACUAACGUCGCCCAGUGGCACGCUCUCAAGGCCUGAUCGCACCGCCCAGCUUCCUCCAUGGCCCCUUCCCACCUCCUAUUCCCCACUCCUCCUCCUCCUCCCCCAUUCCCUCCUCCCACUUCCAUCCUUAUGCACAAGACUGACUUGCUGCCAGGCUGCGAAACACGGGUACAAUUAGCCAUCUGCUCUCUUAAACCUUUAAACUCUUUUCUUUCAGAAUCUCUACUCCUCUCCAACUCUUCUCUCCUCUUCUGUUCUCUUCUCUCAUACAGCCGUGUCUUACUUUCUAUGUCUCACCACUUUGCCAAUGGUCCCCCUGUUUCUGACUGUCUGUAUGUCUGUCUGUCCUUAUGCACUUUGCCUGUGGAGGUCUGAUGUUCAGUUUCUUUGUUGACCCCUUGGUUCUGAACUGCACUGCAGCCCUUGACCCAUUUAAGGUGCCAGUCCCGUGGGAUCACAGAGAAUCUUAAGUAAUGAUCUAAUCUCAUAUAAUCCUAUUGUAUGACUACUCCAGGUACACAAUACUAUACAGUAUGUACUGUAUGUACAUAUACAUAUUAAUAUAUUAGGCGUAUAGAUUGGCAGAACUCUCUCUAUACACAUGACUAGUAUACAGUAUGUUAUCCAUAGCCUGUCUGCUGUUUCCCAUCUCUCCUCUCUCUUCAUUUGUCGCCUCGUCCUUGUCAUCUGUCUCAAGUGUAAUAUAUCCUGUCCCCCAUUUCAGCCCACCCUCCUUUUACUGAAAAGUGGUUUAAUGUUCAGCUGAAGCUGUCGAAAGCAAUCAAUACUCAGUUUGUGAUGAAACCAGCUGAACUCAAGAUGGAAUUGUUGAUACUGCUGUCUCUCUCUCUUUCUCCGUCCUCUUUUUUUCUUCUCUACGGUCUAAUUUUUAGCUUUUCUUCCUUAUUGUUCCCUCUUUCUCUUCCUCUGGCACAAUAUUAGUGAACCCCCGCCUCUCCCUAUUUCUGGACCCCCACCCCCACCCACCCGCCCCUCUUCCUUGUCGUCUGUGUGCUGUGGGUGCUGUGCUGUAGCUCCAACAAAUAUAGAGAUUAAAAAAAAUAAAUAAAUAAACUGAACUUUCCGAUGUUGGGAAAGCAAGAACACAAUGAACUUACGAAAUGGAUUGCUCCUGAUUUUUCCAGACAAAAAGCCCUGACGUGGAGAGAGAAAAAAGAAGAUGAAAAAAAAAAUCCCUAAGAUACGAUGAUGUCAUUUUUCACAGCAUCACCAACCGAGGAAACCAAUUUGAAAAUUUUCUUCCAAUACUGAGAUGAAAACAGAAGCAAAAAGCAAAGUUUGUGCUGUUGGUGCACAUGCAUCCGGUUGCGCGUGCACACCUCUGUCUGUUUAUCGAUGCUAUGAAUUCCUUGUGCUGCCCUGUGCUCUUGUUUUUGUGCUGACGGGGGGUCAAUCUCCAGCAGUUUUGAUUUGGUAUGGUGUGCUGCGUUACCGUGUGCCUGCGUGUGCGUGUGUGUUCACAGGAGCAACACAAUCCAGACUCGGCAGAAAUCUUCUUCUCUUUUCUCUUUCUCAUCUUGCGCUCUUCUUGCUCUUCUUACUGCCAUUGUUUCCCCAUCCUCCUUUACGGCCCUGCCCUCCGAACGAGGGCACGGGGAAGUUCUAUCUGCACUUUUUGAAAAUGUAAUAACAAUAAUAAUGAUGAUGGUGGUUUUGAUGAUGAUUAUAGUACUGGUGAAAAUUAAGGGAGGAGUAUCUGAAAGGGUGAGCAGCAGUUGGGGAGAGGCGACGUCUGCUCUAUGAUUUCAGGGUUUGGAGAUGGAGUGGAGGACACAGAGGAUGGAUGUAGGGCUCUCAUCCUCCUCUUUUUGUUCUUCUGAUUUUCCUCAAUGUUCCUGUGUACAUGUGCGUGUGUGUGUGUGUGUGUAUGCGCAUGUGUGUCAGCUACCAGACUCCUGGUGGCAGGCUGCUAGUGUCUGAAAUGUCAGACCAGGAUAGAGAGAUCAGGCUCGUCUGCUUGUCACAUGGAAGCAGCAGGCCAGCACAACAGUGUCAUUAUUACACAAUGUGUUGAUCAACAGCAGGGAUGAUUGGAGUUCUAACUAAGAGCAUGUAUGCUUCUGUAUGAGUAUGAGUGCAUGAUGCUGAACAACAGGUGCGUAUAUGGAAACAAUAAGACAGAUGAGCAUUUUGGCUUCAGCACAGAAAGAAAAACAAGAUAACGAGGCCUUCUCUGAGUUUUUAUUGUUGUUCACAGAAACUAUAAAUGACUGUGUAUCACAGACAGUGGGUGUGAUGUUAGAUGAUGGUCUGAUCUGCCACUGUGAGAUACUGUAGAAGCAGAUUAGACAUUAUCUCUUCCCUGAGUGCUUGAGAGCACCACAGAGUGUACUGGUAGCUGCUUUGCUUGUCAGGCACAUUCACUUCAGCUCAAUAUUUCUGUAAUGUAAAUAAAACAGUCACAAUGCAGCUAUGUGAAUGCUGUCAGCCAUUAAGAGCUGCUCACACAGACGUCUGAUCUUCCUUAGUGUACGCUCUACUGUAACUGUCUGUGUUUUUACAUUCAUAAAGACCUGUGAAGCAUAAUCCUGUCAGCUACUCAGGAUUUUUUUUUUUUUUACUGCAGUGGCUUAGUUUUUAUUUUUAAAUGAGGAUCCACCUUUCAAACAACUCUCAGGUUAGACUGAGCAAAUAUAAUCAGUUGUUUGCUUUUGCAGCUUCUGAUAAUGCAGUAUUUAUUGUUCCUGCUAACUCUAGCUCCAUCAAAAUCCAUGCCUGUUGGUCCUGCAGUGGAUUUUAUUUUCUCUUAUCUAGCAAUAAUAUGAUAGCAUCUUGUCUUUUUGUGCUUGUUUUGAUUUCUGCUAAUGAUAACUCAAUCAACAUGAUACAAAUUGAAAGAUAGUCUAAUUGGAGUUUGAUCUGCACCAAGUAAGUCCUCGUGCCCUGUCUGUAUAAGCUGGUCUGGGCAGCACACAGCGUGCUGUGUGAGUGUGUUCUGGGCAGCGUGCUUCGUGUGAGCCUCGGUGCUGGCUGCUGUGAUGCACUGAUCCAGUCCAGCACCCUUCAGAACAAUUGGCCAGCCGUGGAACAGGGCCCACUGUUUUGACAGCCACUGCCUGCAGUGUCACAGCACAUUACACUCUCAUUACGUGGUCAGAAAGGAGCAAUAUCUGCUUCCUUGGACCUGGGGGACUAACUAUUUGCAGAGGUAAUACUCAGAGCUAAGAAUAAUACAAAACUUGGAGCACUCUCAUUAGUAACCAUGAAGAUGAUGGGCAGGGAUAAAGACUUGUCAGUCAAAAUGAGGAAAAUAAUCAGUGGGUGAUCGCUGCCGAAGCUGUGAAAACCAAACGUGUUUUGAAUGCACAGGUGUGCAGGUGAUGAGUCAACACAAUAACUCUGCUAUUUCCUUUCACCAAGAUUACAUCGUGCUCAAGGAGUGAUAAAUUGCUAUGCUACCAUGGUUUACAAAGCUUCGUCAUCAGUGACCCUGUAAACUGGGGGAUAUGGCUUUAUUUUUAGUAACAUGAGCCACAGUGUGAUGCCACUGAUCCCCAAGGUACACUGGAGGCUGGAAGGCUACAGGGUUGGGCUUUUAAAACUUACACUGAGUGUUUUUGAAUGCACACUGCUUCUUAAAUGUAAAUCCAAAGCACAAUAUUUCCUAUUUUUAAAAGUUCCUCAAUAGGAUGGUCAUCAGAUAAUUAGCCAGUGACACUUUGAGAUUCCCUUUGGGCAAAGGCAAGAGGUUACUGAGCUCACUGUUAAAAUGAAAAUGUAAUUCAUGGUUGUUUUUUUACCCCUCGUAUUUUGUUGACAUUGGUUUUACUUCCCCAGUGUUUUGAGUCCUGUAGACCUGAGUGCUGUAGAUGUAAGAAUAGUAAUAAUUGCUAAAUCAAUCCUUAAUAAACCCCACCCUACAGAACUGACCCUAAAACAUCAACUAAACAAGGAAAUAUUUCAUAUUUCAUUUUUUCUAUGUAAUGCAGAAACAAAUACACAGUAUAUUAAUUUAGUUUUUCUGAAGAAAUUUACAGUAAGUUAUCCUACAGAGUGAGGUCCAACUGCCUAUUGGUCUCUGAGAUAGAAGUAAUGGGUCAUUAUUGGUAGUGGACUUCUGAAACAUGUCAUCAGAUCAAAAUCAUGUCAAUCAUGAAAUUAGGAAAUGACAUGAGCAUGACAUCAAGCUGAUAAAACAAAACAUUAUGUUAGUAAGUGUUAUUUUUGAGCUGUUAAAGAGAGCCCUGGCUCCAAAACAGAAGAUUAGGGUUAAAGGAAGGACCGGAUACAAACAAGCUUUACACAUGCAGAGAGUAUUUAUCUUAAUUUGCUUAGAUUAAAACAGGAUCUAUGAUUAGUCAAGGUCAUAAAUAGUCCAUAAAGGUAACUAUCACCUCUAAAAAUAAUGAGAAAUAUACUCAGAUGUGAUUGUGAUGCUGCCGACACUUUCAUAACAUAAAAUCUCAGGAUCUUACUUUAGGAAACACGGUGUAUCAGAGUGGCAUGUAAUUCAUCACAGUCUAGAAAGUUUCACACUCCAUAAAAUAACCAGGAGUCUCAAACAUUAUGUUCUCUCAUUGCCAGCAGUCAAACAGCAGCACCAUUAAAAUGGAUGGUAAGCUCAGAGCCAAACAGUAUAAAGGCGAAAGCAAUUUCCAAAUCCCAGUUUUAUUAUACUGCCACCUGUCUCACACCUCUAAACUUAUUGCGUUUUGUUGGCACCAACACUGUCAGCAAUGACCUUCAACAAUCCUGAGCUCAUGAAUACAGCAUGGCGGUAUUGCAGAUGCUUCCAGUCAAGACUUUUUUCAUUCUUUUUUUUUUUUUUUUUCAGACUAAUUCCACUCAGUGCACUUGGUCUCCUUGUGUUCAGCCUCUGCUCUGUCUUUCAUCAUUGCUCCGUUCCCUGGUGAAGCCAACUGGUAGGUGCAGGUGUGGAUAAUUACUGUUUGAUUACUACGGUUUAAUUCAAGAUGACAGACAUAGCCAACACUGGCCACAACUUUGCCACUGAAUAAAGGCUGUUAAAACUCACAUUGUACUUAUGUAAAUUAAAAUUUUACCGAGUUCAUUUGAUAUUUAUCCAUUUACUAAUCAUUCUAGAGAGUAUAGGAACUUUCUAAUUUCUAUUUUCAAGUUUUCUGAAAAUUUCUUUAACAUUAUGCCAAUUUGUGUUUUAGUUGUACGACUCAGUCAGUCCACCACUUUGGUUCAGACUGAAAUAUCUCAACAAUUACUGGAGGGAUUGUCAUGAAAUGUGGUACAAAGAUUCAUGGUCCCCGGGGGAUGGGGCAUGUUGAGGUUGGUGACUUUUCCUCUGGCACCAAUGUGAGGUUGCCUUUUUUUUUAAAAAUAAUAAUUUUGAUGAUCCCUUAACUUUUCAGGUCAAAAUUGCUUUGGUUUAUGACCAAAUGUCUGCAAAAUUAAUGACCUUCCCAUCGGCCUCAGCUGUACUCUGUAUUCAGUGUUAAUAGGCAGAUGUUAGCAUGCUAACAUGCUAAAUGCAUGCUGAUGUUAGCAUUUAGCUCAAAGCAUUGUUGUGCCUCAAUACGGCCUUACAGAGCUACUAUCGUAGCUGCAGUCACUUAGUCUUGACAUCAGUCUCUAUCAUCGGCUAUAGUAAAGUAUAAGAUUAAUCUCCUGGACUCCCAUCUGCUCUGAAAUGUUUAUUCCUGGGUGAGUUCCCCCAAAUUUAUCAUUGCCACCAGCAGCCUUCUCUUCUCUCUUUACUUUCCAAAUAACUGAAAGCUUUAUUGGCUGAAGGGGUCACACCUGUUUGCCAAGGGAUUAGCAAGAUAUUCCUCUGAGCUUGAUGAUAUUGUUUGUCCUUGUCAUACUCUCAGCCUCUUUCUUCCUUCACUAGUUUUCCUUGAUGGAUAUGGCUUUCUUAAGAUGAGCGUCAAUGACUCACUCUAUUGGAAAGGUGCCUGCUUUGCUGUAGUUUGUGCAAUAUUAAAUUAAGGGUACACUGUGCUUUAUGUCUUAGAGAACUUGAGGUGUGUGUGUGUGUGUGUGUGUGUGUGGAUUACAAUCAGGCUGUAGUAAUCUCAUCCUGGAGGGACUGCAGUUGAUGUUUUAUUCUGCUGAAUCAUAUUAUGACGGCUGAGUCAGCCCAGAAGUCUUCUGGGUCACCUUUGUCAUUUGUCCAGUCAGUCUCUGUGUGUCUCGCCCUGCGCAGACGGACCUCGCCUCCCCCAACUCACCCUUUCAAUUGUUUUAAGCAUCUGGUGAAAACCAAUGUGACUUCUCCCAAUCAGGGUUCAAGCAAGCAUUAUGUGAAUGGUAACAAAAUGAAUAUGAAAAACAAUAAGUAAUAAUAUCUUUUUUCUUUUUGUUCACAUUUGACUGUUGGUCAGUGUGUAUGUAUGUGUGUGCUUGGUGUUCUUGUGUUGGGUUUAUUUCUUUACAAAAACGUGAUAAGAAAAAUCCUUCUGUUUUUGAAAAACUUUAUGUAAAUAUCGUUGGUGAAAAUUAACAUUUGUUGUACGCCGAGUUUUCAUUUGUCACUUGAAAUGAUGAAGAAAACAAUGAUAUUCAUGAAUAACAGUGGUGAUGUUGAUGAUGCUGAAGCUGAUUAUACCUGCCCUUCUUGAAUAAGGGCUUUUGAUGUCCGCUGUAUUUUUGUUGGAGGUGUCGUGAGGUCGGGGCAAGAGAAACAAAGGGAAGGAGUGAUACCCAACACAUCCUAGGCCCACUGUAGCAACACUGCCACAUACCUUUUACUUGCCCCCUCUACACCUCUGGGAAAUAAACUAUGUAGCCUGUGUUAUUUAUGCCAUAAAACAUCUCUGUAUUUUUAUUACAAACAGAGUGUUCCCUGGCUGUGUGAGGGCACUGUUUGCCUCCCUGUGAAGUCACUCUGCCCUGGUCACUUGGCAUCACAUCUCACCCUGUCUGUUUAUAGGCUUGGGGAUUUACUGUAAUGCCAUUGUGUUAGACGGGAUUGGCCCUGUACUGACACUGAUGAUGCCUUCCUCAUUGAAUUUGGAGUCAUUAUUGCUCUGCUUGAGGCCAUACAUGGGGAUGGGCAUGUAUGGAGAAGGGAGUGGAUGGACGUACAUCAUCCGUCUGACCCUGUGAAGAAAUAUUGCAUGCUUGUGAUUCAGACUCUCUUUUUUUGGUGGUGGUGGGGGGGGUGGGGGUAGACUCCUGAUUAAGCACAACUGACUGCUGUGAACUUGCCACAUAAUAGGCCCAUCUCUUGCUUAGUCAGAUAUUUGUAAGAACUCUCAAACUCCAGCAAGAAAAACCCAGGAUUAGCGCAAGAGCCAAACUAUAAACCGCCAUAUGGCAGACAUAGUGGAAAUAAGGGAUUUUAAUCAUGAAAUAAAGCGAGGGAGAAUAAGAUUGAUCUUCCCAAAUGUCCAAAAUAUGCCCUGUGCCUUCUCAACAGACAUAUAUUCAGCCCACUGCUGCAUCCAAAAAUUACAAAAAUGCACAGGGCUGUGGUCCAGUUAUUUUUUGCUGCAGGUGUCUAUACACCCACUUCCCCAUUUUCCAUAUGCCAUAGCCUUAUGUAUCUGGCUGUGGCUUGUGUACAGUGCAGGGAUGAUGCUUAUCGGUUUCAUAUUACUUCUAGGACUGUCCCUGCCACAGACAUGAUACGGUACAGCAGAUACUCCCAGCAGCCGACAGCAGGAAGGACAGUGGAUACAGUCCUGCCUUCAUUUGUAAUACCAUCCUUUAGAGGGAGUCUCACAGGGAGUCAGAAAAUACACACACACACACACACACACACACACACAAACAAACAAUCUGCCCUUUAUCGAUGCACUGAAAAUAAAUUCUGACUAUUUUCCCUAAAUCCAGAUCCUUCAGAACAUGUGUAUUUUUCUUUCCUCGCUGGUUGUAAAUAGACUUUGUGAAUCCGUUAGAGCAGCCUCUAACUCCUGCCAUAAUGUGGACAUUUUUUGAUCAGGUAGGUAAUAAGCAAUACACUUAAUUGAUCCUACGCCAUACUUUGAAAUAUUACUUACCGAGUCUUGAUUGUGACUCUUUGUGUUGAGGGAUGUCGAGGGUAACACUCCUGUUUCUUCACCUCCUUUCUCACCUUGCCAUGGCCCACCUCUUCAACAAAGAGUGCUCUAACUUAAAACACACAAUUGUGAUGUGUACAAUCUAAUUUAAUGUAUUUAUUUACGUAUUUUUGCCAACUUUGUAUAGUGUAUAAAUAUCUAUAAAUAUAUGAAAAAUGACAGUACUGUAUAGAUUUUAGCUGCCUGGUAAGGUUAAUAGUAUAUACUUGGUAGACUAAAAGAAAAAGCGUAGAGCUGUUCAAAAGCCAGUUACUGAGAAAAUGCUUUCUGUAAAACCUGGUGCCACUGGCUCUUUUUAUAUUCUAGGUUUCGUUUCUGGUUUAUUUUUUUAUUAUAGCCAGUGGGAUCCAAAAGUGUGUGUUGUUCUUCUUUUUGUCCGUUUGUUUGUUAAUCGGUUCGUUUGUUGUUUUUUCUUGAGAAGACACAGCGAGGUUCUGGCAGCCAGGAGAGUGCAGUGGAACGCAGACUAGGACCCUGUGCAGUAGUGUGUGUGUGUGUGUGCGUGUGUGUUUUAGGUGUGCGUCCGUCCAUUGUAGUGCUAGUGCUCUCUGUGCAGUGCCUCCUCCCUCCCUCCCUCCCUCCUCCCCCUCUCUGAUGUAGUUUGUCAUGUGACGCAGUGUGUGUUAAGGUGCAGGAUGACUGUGUUUGCUGAAGCUGGCAGAUGCCCUCCCUCUCUUUCUGUGUCUUCUCGUGUCCACUCUGCUUCUUCAUUACAACGCUUCAUUUUAAUCCUCCACCGAGUAUAGAUUUCCACUUCCUCUGCUCGAUUGUUCAUUUACUCUCCCGUUCAGCUGGUAAUGCAUACACCACAAGUCUAAUUUCCCAGUAAUCCAUGCUUCCUCAUCCAUCUCUGAUUCUUUGUCCAUUAGCAGCUCUCAUCCGUCACCCACCACAUUACCGUAGAGCACCUUGUUUUUCUACAGAGCUCUGUGGACCAGAGAAUGAUUUAGCACAAAAAAAGGAGGGGGAUACGUGCAUCUUGUCCGUGGUCAUACCUUCAUGGUUUUCUUAUUUACCGUGUCGUGCUUCUAACCCCUCGUCUCUGUACAGGCUCUGAGGAGAAGGGCAGCUGUCAGCUCAGCACACAGAAACACAAAGCAGCCAUAUUCAGAAGUCAAGCACAGACUUGUGACUCAAAUGUAUGUUGUGGUGGCUUCACUGCCACCCUGUUUGUAGCAAGAGCAAGAGAAUAGCCUUAAAGAUUGGACUAACUACACAAAAAAAGUAAUGGGAUAUGUGCAUUUGUAGUGGACUAUUAUUAUCUUCCCUCUCCCAUACCAGAUUUAUUACUCAGUAUUCCAAUGUGUUGCUUGGUUGCUCUGUACAUAUCUGUGUAGUACUUCUGUUGAUGUCCCUGUAUUAGGAUAGUAACGGGUUCUUACUGGGCGGCCUCUGCAGACGUCCUCUCCCUCCUGCCUCGCCUCAUUUCCUCAAAAAAAACUUCAAACAUUCCAUCUAAAUCUCAAGCGAGCAACAUUUUAAAGAUGAUUAGACUUCACAUUGGCUGGGAGUAAAACCACAGAAGGACUGAAGCACAGACAUUUCCACUGGAGCCAUGAUAAUAACCAAGAUGUCUUGUCUGUGCUCACGUCCCUCUGAGAACCACAAACCUGCCACUGACAGCACACUCAGCAUAAAGACCCUCUGCUCUGCUCCUCCAAACUCACCUCCACACCGAUUACACCUGGCUCUGAGAGGUCACUGGGUCACCGACUGGUUAGAGUUUGGAGCCGCUGACCUCCCAGGGGAGGAUAAAGGUGAGGUAGGUGAGGAGGUGGGAGAGCCCUGGGAGGCGGCAGAGAGGCGUGUCCCUGCGGGUGACAUCCUGGGUCAAGGGGGAAGGGAGCGAGGGCGUCUCGAGGUCAAACCCAGUAGCACUUUGGUUUUGCGUUCCAUGUUUUUUUAGCCUCUCCUGUUUUUUGGCCGAGCGGACUGUGAUCUUACCGGUUGAUUUUCUCGUUCUCCUCCACCCAUCAGUGUUACAGAGUGUGUUGGGUGGACGGAGCCAUGGAGCUGAGCUCUGAUUUUGUUCCAUAUUAAAGAAUCAUUUUUACUA